AUGAUGGAACAAGUCUGCGACGUUUUCGAUAUUUAUGCCAUAUGUGCAUGUUGUAAGGUUGAAAAUAAAAAUGAGGUGAAAAAAAACGAGGUUUUUAAUAAUUACACAUUUAGAGGUUUAGGAAAUAAAGGAGUAUUACCAUGGAAAUGUAAUUCACUAGAUAUGAAAUAUUUUUGUGCCGUUACUACAUAUGUGAAUGAAUCAAAAUAUGAAAAAUUGAAAUAUAAAAGAUGUAAAUAUUUAAACAAAGAAACGCUGAAUAAUGCAAUGGAUAUGCCUAAUUCGAAAAAAUUACAAAAUGUUGUAGUUAUGGGAAGAACAAGUUGGGAAAGUAUUCCAAAAAAAUUUAAACCUUUAAGCAACCGAAUAAAUGUUAUAUUGUCGAGAACAUUAAAAAAAGAAGAUUUUGAUGAAGAUGUUUAUAUCAUUAACACAGUUGAAGAUUUAAUAGUUUUACUUGGAAAAUUAAAUUAUUAUAAAUGUUUUAUUAUUGGAGGUUCAGUUGUUUAUAAAGAAUUUUUAGAAAAGAAAUUAAUCAAAAAGAUAUACUUUACUAGAAUAAAUAGUUCAUAUGAAUGUGAUGUAUUUUUUCCAGAAAUAAAUGAAAAUGAGUAUCAAAUUAUUUCUGUUAGUGAUGUAUAUACUUGUAACAAUACAACACUAGAUUUUGUUAUUUAUAAGAAAAAGAAUAAUCAAGUGUUAAAUGAAAAAGACUGUAUAGAAGGAGAAGAAAAAAAUAAUGAUAUGUCUUUAAAAAAUGAUGACAAAGAUACAUGUCCUAUGAAAAAAUUAACAGAAUUUUAUAAAAAUGUAGACAAAUAUAAAAUUAAUUAUGAAAAUGAUAAUGAUGAUGAUGAAGAAGAUGAUUUUGUUUAUUUUAAUUUUAAUAAAGAAAAAGAAGAGAAAAAUAAAAAUUGUGUACAUCCAAAUGAUUUUAAAAUAUAUAAUAGUUUGAAACAUAAAUGUCAUCCUGAAUAUCAAUAUUUAAAUAUUAUAUAUGAUAUUAUAAUGAAUGGAAAUAAACAAAGUGAUCGAACAGGAGUAGGUGUUUUAAGUAAAUUCGGAUAUAUUAUGAAAUUUGAUUUAAGUCAAUAUUUCCCAUUAUUAACUACAAAGAAAUUAUUCUUAAGAGGAAUUAUUGAAGAAUUGCUUUGGUUUGUUAGAGGAGAAACAAAUGGUAAUACACUGUUAAAUAAGAAUGUAAGGAUAUGGGAAGCUAAUGGUACUAGAGAAUUUUUAGAUAAUAGAAAAUUAUUUCAUAGAGAAGUUAACGAUUUAGGACCUAUUUAUGGUUUUCAAUGGAGACAUUUCGGAGCUGAAUAUACAAAUAUGCAUGAUAAUUAUGAAAAUAAAGGAGUUGAUCAAUUAAAAAAUAUAAUAAAUUUAAUUAAAAAUGAUCCUACAAGUAGAAGAAUUCUUUUGUGUGCAUGGAAUGUAAAAGAUCUUGAUCAAAUGGCAUUACCUCCUUGUCAUAUUUUAUGUCAAUUUUAUGUUUUCGAUGGAAAAUUAUCAUGUAUUAUGUAUCAAAGGUCAUGUGAUUUAGGACUAGGAGUACCUUUUAAUAUUGCAUCCUAUUCUAUUUUUACUCAUAUGAUUGCACAAGUCUGUAAUUUGCAACCUGCCGAAUUUAUACACGUUUUAGGAAAUGCACAUGUUUAUAAUAAUCACAUUGAUAGUUUAAAAAUCCAACUUAAUAGAAUACCAUAUCCAUUCCCAACACUUAAAUUAAAUCCAGAUAUUAAAAAUAUUGAAGAUUUUACAAUUUCGGACUUUACAAUACAAAAUUAUGUUCAUCAUGAAAAAAUUUCAAUGGAUAUGGCUGCCUAA